CUGGGCAGCAAUGUUUGCCAUACUUAACCCUGUCCAGGGGCGGACUGACCAUUUGGAAACUCGGGCACUGCUCGGGGUCCCGGAGUCAGUAGGGGGCCCCAUGAGAUGCCCCUGGUACCUUUUUCAUAGGCUUUUUUGAGUCUUGGCAAAGACACAGGGGCCCCAUGAUCCCCUAUUGCCCGGGGGCCCCGUGACUUGUCAGUCCGCCCCUGACCCUCCUCCUCAGUGAUGCCUGUCAGUGCCCAUCAGUGAUGCUUGUCAGUGCCCAUCAAUGCCGCCUAUCAGUGCCCAU